AUGCCCAGCUGGGCAGGGAUAUGCCUUUUACUAGGCCUGGCGAGAGCCGAAAAAGAAUAUCUACUGGAUACGUCGAAGCAGACGACCGAGCUGAGCCGAUCUGGAUGGCACUUUCCGGAUUCUUCGAAGUGGCAAGAUGUGACUUCUUACGACGAAAACCGCGACAUGAUCAGGGCUCUUCAAGCCUGUCCACGACAAAAGAGCGAAGACAGCUGGGUAAUAAGCCCCUUCAUCGACACCAAAGGAGCUAGAAACGUCGAGCUGGAGAUUAAAUACGCCAUCAGAUCUUGCGCGAAAAUGUCCGGAUCAUUCUGCCGCGAGAAAUUUUCCAUUCUCGUGAAUCAAUCUACUUCUCUGGAUCGACCAAGAAUCGCUCCUUCGACUCAGGAUACGACGCAAUGGACUCUUGUCGACACAGUUGCAAGUACAGAAGACAUAACAGUCGAGCAGAUCAACAUUGGUCCCCUCUUUGGAAACGGCAUCUUCAUUGCCUUCGUCAAUACAGGCGCCUGCAUGGAGCUUUCUCACGUAAAAGUAUCGUACAAGUAUUGCCCAGCCGUGGUGGCCGAUUUCGCCGAAUUCGGCCGCACCCACACUGGAGCAACAGCGGCUUCAAUCAUCAAUCAAGAAGGCGUUUGUGUAGAAAACGCAAUUCAAAACGGAGACAAACCUUCUUAUCACUGCGGAUCAGAUGGUUUCUGGCGACUCUCUUCUGCUUCCUGCAAUUGCAAAUCUGGCUACCAGGGCGACGACGACGGCCAAAAAUGCUUAGAAUGCCCUGCUGGUACAUACAAGUCUUCGCCCGGCCGCGGUCAGUGCCAACGAUGUCCGCGAAACUCCUCGUCGCGCCCAGGAUCAAAGGAUUGCACGUGUGAGAGCGGCCAUUUCCGCGCUGGGUCAGCAGGCCCGUGCCUGGCACUUCCUGGUCCAGUCGAGAAUCUCCGAGCCCAGAGUUUGAAUUCGACGAAUGUACUUCUAUCCUGGAAACGGCCAAGAAUAGGAGAUGAAACCGUCUAUCGCGUUUUGUGCAGCGAGUGUGCGGAAGAGUCCUCUUGCAUGCCCUGCAUAAACGUAGAUUUACCAACCGGCACAAUCGACCGCACGGAAGUAGAACUCGCCAAUUUGGAUCGGAGCAAAGAAUAUCGCUUUGAGGUUCAAAGUGAAAACGCCGCCUCAGAAAGCGCCUUAGAAGCUGGCUAUACCACCAAGAAGAUUGCGGUCACCCUCGCCCGAACAAUUCCAAACCGCUUGGUCGUUAAAAACCUGCGACUAUUGUCACUCGCGCACGAUUCUGCUGAUUUCCUCCUUUUCUUUGAAGAACAUCCAGCAGCAGAAGGCAGAAAAAGAUCGAAAUCGAGCUGA